AUGAGGUAUUCAACCCUUCCAAUCAAAUCCGGUAUCCAGUGUCUCCGUCGACAGCCGCCGCACCAUGCUAGACAUCUUUUCCCUCUCAGCCGCCAGUUUACCUCCACCAGACAGCCCCGAGAAGAACAGCGACCAUCGUUCAAGGGCCAAUUGUAUGAGAGUACGCAGCAGCGAUUGAAGAGGGAGCGCGCAGAGCAGGAGAAAUAUUCCCAGUACCAUACAGCAUCAUCCGGCGGCCGAUAUGCAGCGUUACUGUUCGUUCUGGUAUUUUUCUCGACAGGCGGAUACUAUCUUGGAACCCUGAAACCUGCUCCUCCCCCGACUUCUUCCACAACAACCCUUUCGAAUUUACAACCUGUGCGACAUGAUACCUCCUCCUCCAACUUGCAAGCAGCCUGGGCCGAUUUUGUCAACAUAGUCGGCAAGGACAAUGUUUCCACAGAUGAAAACAAUCUCAAUUCCCACUCGGGCUCCGAAUUUUCGUCUUAUUCGCGGAAGGACACCGAGAAACCAUUCAUUGUCGUGUAUCCUGCAACAACAGAAGAGGUAUCACGGCUUAUGAAAGUUUGCCAUGAAAGGUUGAUACCAGUGACUCCAUACUCUGGUGGAACAAGUCUGGAGGGACAUUACACGCCUACAAGAGGAGGCGUGUGUAUCGAUUUUCAACGCAUGAAUCGCGUUUUGGCGCUCCACAAGAAUGAUCUAGACGUUGUUGUACAACCCGCUGUUGGCUGGGAAGAUCUGAAUGAAGAAAUUUCCUCCGAAGGACUGUUUUUCCCUCCCGAUCCGGGCCCCGGAGCUAUGAUCGGUGGUAUGAUUGGGACAGGUUGUUCAGGUACUAACGCUUACAGAUAUGGAACCAUGAGGGAGUGGGUUGUAUCGCUCACAGUGGUGCUUGCCGACGGGACGAUUAUCAAAACGAGACAACGACCUAAGAAGUCGAGUGCCGGGUAUGACUUGACAAAGUUAUUCAUCGGUAGUGAAGGCACUCUUGGCCUGGUGACAGAAGCAACCCUCAAAUUGGCUGUGAAACCCAAGAGUCAAAAUGUUGCGGUGGCCAGCUUUCCGUCUGUCCAUCAUGCAGCUGACUGUGCAAGAAGGGUUGUGGAAGAAGGCAUUCCUGUGGCGGGCAUUGAGAUUCUAGAUGACGUUCAAAUGCAAUGCAUCAACGCAAGCAAAACCACAAGGCGUGAGUGGAAAGAAGCGCCCACGCUAUUUUUUAAAUUCGCCGGUACACCACUUGGAGUGAAGGAACAGGUAGGCAUUGUUCAGAAACUUGCGAAGAGCGCCGGUGGACAGACCUUUGAGUUUGCUCGUGGUGACGAUGAGAUGAAAGAGCUUUGGAGUGCCCGCAAAGAGGCCCUCUGGAGCGUGAUGGCUAUGAAGAAAGACCCUAGUGAUCAUGUCUGGACUACAGAUGUCGCCGUGCCAAUUAGUAGGCUCCCUGAUAUCGUGGAAGCAACCAAACGCGACUUGACGCAAAGCGGUUUACUUGCUGGUAUAUGUGGCCAUGUCGGGGACGGUAACUUCCACGCCAUAAUACUUUUCAAUGACAAACAAAAGGAUCUGGCAGAAGAAGUAGUGCAUCGCAUGGUCAAGAACGCUGUUGAAAUGGAAGGCACCGUCACCGGUGAGCAUGGAAUAGGGCUUGUUAAACGAGACUAUCUGCCUCAUGAGCUGGGCGAAACGACGGUGGAUGCUAUGCGGCGGUUGAAACAUGCCUUCGAUCCCUUGUGUUUGCUCAACUGUGAUAAAAUUGUAAGAGUGCAGCCACCUGCACCUGGAGAGAUUAAAAAAUGGUAG